UAUAUAUUUGUAGUUGGAAUUUGAAAUAUCAAUUUCUUUUAUUCCCAAUUAAUAGUAUAUUAUAUUACUAGUCAUACAGAUACACUCAUUUCUCGUAGUCAAGAAACUACGCACCAUCAUCAUCAUUACCAGUACCAAACCAUCUGCAUCUUUGUUAUUGUUCAUCAAACUCUGCUCUUAUUCCAUUAUCAGAUCCUAAUAUUUAUCAGAAUAUUUUGCAGGAUUAUCACAAGUGUAAAUUCAACAAAAGAGAGAUGACUUCAAAUGGAAAAGUACGUUCUGAUUGCUAUUAUGCACCUAAUCCUUAUCAUGAAUGCACUGAAGCUUGCUUGAAGAGAAUAGCAGAAGGAAAGGUCCGCACGGAAAAAAAGAAAUCAGAUAAUGGCAGUGUUAUAAAAGAUGGUGGUCUGAACAAAAGAUAUGAAGAUAAAAUUGUUGGCCGAGCAUGCCCUAAGGCAUCUAAUCCUUACCAUGAGUGUAAUGAAAAUUGCCUCAAAAAAGCUGGAGGAAAAGAAGAUAUAAACCAACCAGGCUCAAUUCUUGAUCUUCCCAUGAAGUUGGGAAAGAAAAAGAUGCAAGAAUCUCGAUCAAUGCCACCGCCUCGAGAGCCUGACAGUGCACCUGCAAGAGAUAGAGCUUUCAACAACAGUGCUUCAUUGCCUCCAAAACGCAUAUAUUCUACAGAAAAGCUUGGAUCACAAAAUGGGGAGAACUACUCUUCUUCGGAGACGUAUUCUGGAGAAAUUCAUGCUGAAGAGUCUCCUUAUGAUGAGAAGCACGUCAACUCUUAUCCAAUAUCCAUGACUGAAAUUCUCAAGAUGCCUGAUUAUCCCAAAGAUCCUCCGAAACAAGAUGUCAACUCCAUUGCCAUUGAACAACCAAUACAUCAGAAAGAGGAGAAAAACCAUCAGCCAAUGACAGAGGCAGUUUCAUCUCCUGUCGUGAAUGAGAAAAGAGAAGGAACUACUGGUUCACCCUCUGAAUCCAGCUUUACUUUCACUGGUGUACCUCAUGGUUUCCAAGAGAGUGAUGAUGAAGAAGCUCAAUCAGUAAUUUCUGAUGCUAGUGUGUCAGUGGGAAAAUAUCGAGUUAAGGGAAGGUUAUCUUCCAUUUUGCAGUCGAUUUUUGACAAGUAUGGUGACAUAGCAGCAAGUUGCCAACUAGAAUCAAUUGCUAUGCGUUCUUAUUAUUUGGAAUGUGUGUGCUUUGUGGUUCAAGAACUGGAGUCCACUCAAAUUAUGCAGCUGACAAAGUCCAAAGUCAAAGAAAUGUUGGCCAUUCUGAAGGAUGUUGAGUCAUCAGGGAUCGAUGUUGCUUGGCUACGCCGUGUGCUGAGUGAAGGCGCAGAAACCAUUGAGUUGAUUAGUCAGCAUCAUGCAAUUGCAGUGGCAAAGACAAACUGUGAGCAGGACUUGGAAACGACUAGGAAACAAGUUGAAUCUCAGAUGGCGGAUUUGACUUUGAAAGAAAAGGAGGUUCUUGAAGCCAAGAAGCGAAUUGCAGAGACCAGAGCUUAUCUGAGGGAAUUGGAGCUGAAAUCUUCUGUUCUCAAUGAGACUGUUAGCUCUAUCAAGUCUAAGGUUGAAACUCUCAAUAGCAAAUCUUUGUUGGAUGGAGUUUUGUAAGAGACACUACAAGUGAGUUUUAGGUUUUGACUUUGUUAAAGGUUAAGGUCAUUCUAUAUUUUGUUAUUUUAUUUUAGUUGGGUACCUAAUAAGCUAUAUAGGUUCAAAGUUUAUAAGUUUAUUUUGUACAAGAAUGCAAUGAACUGUUUGGGAUUGAAAGAAUGUCUUUGAUGAGUUACUCACCAGUCAUCCCAAAUUAAACAAUUGAAGAUUGAUACAAACAUUACAAAUAUUUGAUACUAUAAACGUUAAAGAGGAAGCUCUUUUCACACA